CGCAUGCUCAGGCGGGGAUAUGUGCGAAGCCUGCCACUGCUGCAGCGAGUCUGGCGCAGAGUGGAGCGGCCGCCGGAGAUGCCUGACGCAUCUGUCUGAGGAGCGGUCAGUGACGCGAUGGAGCGGGCAAGGGAUCGCUUACACCUGAGACGAACUACAGAACAGCACGUACCAGAAGUGGAAGUCCAAGUCAAACGCAGAAGGACUGCUUCACUGAGCAACCAAGAGUGUCAGUUGUACCCGAGGCGUUCUCAGCAGCAGCAAGUACCUGUGGUGGAUUUCCAGGCUGAACUGAGGCAGGCAUUCUUAGCUGAGACACCAAGAGGUGGUUAAAGCCAUAUUGGAGUAGCGAGGAAUCUGAUUCCAAGCAAAAACCAGGUUAGAGCUAAUGCAGCAAUGAUCAAGAAUAAAGAAUCAUUAAAGAAUGGGGUGUUGGGGGUUCUCUUAAUUAUCAGUGACACAUUAAUUUUUUUCCUGAGAGCUUCAUACAAUAAACACAUUGCAGAAAGUUUUAAAAAGUUUUGCAGGACCUUAAAUUUUCUGCCCUCACACUUUUGUCAUGUUUCUGUAUUCCAGUUAUUGUAGUGCAUGCUUUUCAGGUAGUUUUCUUUUGCGUUUGUUUUUAAAUUAUAUAAAAAUAUUUCACUAUAAAUGGCUCUUGAAUACCCUGUUACUGAAUGUUUAUAAUUUCCUUUUGUGGGAGGUGUCAUUUUUUUCUGCCAGUAGUUUGAACAAAGCUUUAGUAGAUAGCUUUGUAUAAAACUUAGAAUAAUUUUUUCAAAUAUGCAGAUGUGAAAAUAAAUUGAAUCAAGGAAUAUGAACUUAAGGUACAUUUUUCUAAAUUGUAUUGUAAAGUUUUAAAUUAGUAUUCAUUGCUUUCAAAAAAUAAAAGGCCAGUUACAACAUACUUUCACAGCAUUAUUUUAAUUCGAAUAUAGUUUAUGUCUAGUGAAUUAUAAAUACACAGCACAUAAUUAACAAUGAGUAUUAGAGAAUCUAAAUACUUUCUCAUGCUUAUUUACUAAUUCCUUUUUGCUUUGUCUUUUGCUCACUUUUCUGUUUUAACCAGUAUAUUUCCUAUUUGAAUCAGCAGACAUGUAAUAAAAAUAUUAUUCAUAAUUUUUCAACGUGAUGUAGAUUUAGUUUCUUUUUAUGUUGCUUUCAUUUUUUAGGAAAAAGUUAUUACAAAGUUGAUUUUGAUUUGUUUUCUUGUUUUACCUCUGUGAUUUUUCUUUUUUUCUACUUUAAGUUUUAGAAUGCCCUCAUUUCUGAGAGUUUACUGUUUACUUUUUACAAAGUAAGAACAGAGAGGAAUUGGGUUUACUGAUAAAUUCCUUCUAGCCUUUUUUUAAAUCUGUUUUUGAAAUAUUAUCCUUCAACUUGAAUCAAUUAGGCUUGUUUAUGGCCUCCAUUUUGAGUUAUUAAUUAAUUAAUUUAUUUAGAGACGAAGUUUCACUCUGUUGCCCAGGCUGGAGUGCAGUGGUGUGAUUUCGGCUCACUGCAACCUCUGCCUCCUGGGUUCAACUGAUUUUCCUGCCUCAGCCUCCCAAGUGUCUGGGAUUACAGGCACCUGCCACCACGCCUGGCUAAUUUUUGUGUUUUUGGUAGAGACGGGGUUUCACCAUGUUCUCCAGGCUGGUCUCAAACUCCUGAACUCAGGUGAUCCACCUGCCUCGGCCUCUCAAAGUGCUGGGAUUAUAGGCAUGACCCACCGCGCCCGGCCCAUUUUGAGUUUAAAUCAAAGGAGACAGAAAUUUUCUGAGAAAUCCUCCAUUCUUGAAUCCUUUAUACACAACAUUUUCUAGUAAUUGCAUAAGCAAAUUGGAAUCUAAUCAUUGUCCCAAACUUUUCGCUUGAGUAAGGGAAUUUUUCGUUGAAUAGGUGUACACAACUGAUUUUUUACUUUUUAGGAAUUUUUUAGCUUCUCAGUUCACAGAUUUUUGUAAAUUUUUAAAUACAACAUUUAAGUCAUACAUUAUAGUCUGCAAGUAGGACCGUCUAAUUUUAUGAUACUUAAUUAUAUCUUAUUCUAGUCUAAACUGCUAGUUCUACCUAAAUAGUACCCAUUACUAGUAUUCCUGUAGAACAAGGGUUGGUAAUAUAUCUGGACCACUACCUGUGUCUAUAAAUGAAAUUUUAUUGGAACACAACUAAGUUCAUUUAUUAUGUUAUCUUUGGCCACAGUGGUGCAGCUUUGAGUAGUUGUGACAGAUUGAAUGACAGGCAAAGCCUAAAAUACUUAGUAUCUUGCUAUUUAAAAGAAAAUAAUUGGCUGAGUUUUGUUUUAGAGCAGCAGAUUCAAAGAAGAAAACACCAAAGUGGGGGCCACUGAAUAUAGUCAUAAUGACAUAGAAGGUGGUGAUGAAGAAUGGAUUAUAGAAGUAUAUAUGAAGUAUACAUUACAGCGUAGACAAUCAGAUGAAUUUCUUGGGGAAAGGAUCAGUCUGAGAAUCAUGUUAAAGUCUGCUCUGGAGGAAGAUGGGUAGUCUAACAACAUUUAAACACUUGGUACCCUUUUUCAUUACAAAUGUAAGGCACACGAUGGCCAGGAAAAA